CUCUCGCUUUUCCCCCGGAGACUCAGACUACCAUGAUUCAUUAUUGUCUCGCUAUGAGACCGACAGGACCUUGACGCUUGAGAGCAGAAGUUUUACAGGGGAGGGAUGAAUGGACCGGAGCUCUCCGUUUGUCUGUGCGCUCACUCGGCUACCGGGGUCCCCAACACGCACGGCCGAAUGUCAGGACGCAGGGUCGGCUUCUGGUUCAGCGACAAGAAGCGCAGGAGGAUGAACCUGGACGCUUUCGUGCAGUUCUGUGCGGACCGUGGAGUGGAAGUGGUCGAGAUUGACCUCACUCAGCCGCUGGGGCCUCAGGGACCCUUCGACAUCAUCAUCCACAAGUUGUCUGAUGUCAUUGUGGAGGCUGAGCACAAUAGCCAAUCGCAGCAGCUCCUUGAUAACUUUCAGAGUUAUGUGUCAGCUCAUCCCGACACAAUCCUGCUGGACCCCCUGCCUGCCAUGACUCAACUAUUAGACCGCUUUGCUUCAUGCCAGAAAAUGAGCCAACUGAACAGUUCACUCCGAGACUGGCAUAUCUGCACUCCUCCAUACCUAGAGGUCCACAGUGGCAGUGAGCUGUCAUCCAUUCAGCAGGCUGUGAUAACUCAGGGCCUCACCUUUCCUCUCAUUUGUAAAACCAGAGUGGCACACGGCUCAUAUUCCCAUGAGAUGUGUCUGCUCUUCAGUGCAGCCAGUCUGGCUGAUAUCCAUCCGCCCUGUGUGCUCCAGAGUUUUGUGAACCACGGAGCUGUUUUGUACAAAGUAUAUGUGGUAGGAGACAAACACUGCUGCGUAGAGAGGCCCUCCAUCAAGAACUUUCCCUCUGGUCCUUGUGACAGGAAGACCAUCUUCUUCAACAGCCAUCAGGUGUCCAAACCGGAGUCGAACUCUGAUCUCACAUCUCUGGAUGAGCAGAUGGUGGCCCUGCCUCCUCCCAGCUCAGACGCCGUGGCCGCCCUGGUCAAGGAGCUCCGAGCUCAGCUCGGCCUUGCCCUGUUUGGUGUGGACGUCAUUGUCAACAUAAGCACACACACGCUCACCGUCAUCGACAUCAACAUUUUCCCAGGCUACGAGGGCAUGCCUCAGUUUUUCUCCUCUUUGCUCAGCCACAUCCAGUCAGUGUUGGACCAACACGCCUCUGCUGGUUCUUCUUAGCCAGCACACACUACAGGUGGUUCCUCUGAUGAAACAGCUGGUGUUUGUCACACUAGGAGCUGAGCACGGAUUGUUUCAUCGAAAGGAUAAACAAAACUCGGUCCUGAACUUUAUCCCCUGCAGAUCACACUAAUUAUUUUGAAAUGCUAAUUGUUUUUGCCCUGUUAGGGUAAAUACGCACAAAAAAAAAGGUAACCUAAAGUGCUUGAAUACACUUUUCUGUUUAUUGACAGGUAGCAUAGAAGAAGAUACAGCAGGCACAAAAUACAGCACUCUGAUUGGCCAGUAAUAUUACAAAUGACUUUUUCUUAUCACUUUUUUCCCUAUUGUUUAAAAUGUCCUCUAUGCCGAGUGUGUCACCUCCCCACAGACAUUUCUUUCUUGCUGGUUUGUAAGAUACAUUUUGUUGAAACAUUUUCUAUAGAAAAAGAAACUACAGUACAUUCAUGUUGAUUAACCCUUAAGGGAACAAACAUCUCCUCUUUGGAAUAGACAGUAAUGAGCUCUUCAGUGUUGAUUAAUAAUGUGUAUUAUUACCGUGCUUGCACAAGUUGACUAGCUGCUCCACCAGUGUUCAAAUACAUAAAUGUAUUGUAAAUCUCAGCUGUGUA